GCUGCGCGACUGCUACGGGAGCCGUAGAAGGCGAAGGCGAGCACCCGAAGCAAGAAGAGGAAGAAGCGAAGGGAGAGCGGGCGGAGGAGGCUGCGUGAUGCCGAUCGCUAUGGGGCUGGAGGCGGCGUGCGAGCUGGAGAGCGCGGAGCUGGGCGCGCUGCUGCGGGAGCCGCGGGAAGCCGAGCGCACGUUGCUGCUUGACUGCCGCCCCUUCCUGGCCUUCUGCCGGCGCCAUGUGCGGGCCGCCCGGCCGGUGCCCUGGAACGCGCUGCUGCGGCGCCGCGUGCGCGGCCCGCCCGCCGCUGCCCUCGCCUGCCUGCUGCCCGACCGUGCGCUGCGGGCGCGCCUGGCCCGCGGGGAGUUGGCGCGCGCCGUAGUGCUGGACGAAGGCAGCGCGUCGGUGGCCGAUCUCCCACCCGAUAGCCCGGCCCAGGUGCUGCUCACUGCGCUGCUACACGAGACCCGUGCCGGGCCCACUGUCGUGAGCUUCUUGAGAGGAGGCUUCGACGGCUUCCAGGCUUGCUGUCCCGAUCUGUGCUCUGAAGCCCCAGCCCCAGCACUACCCCUUGCAGGGCCUGAAAAGAACAGUUCUGACCCUAGAGUGCCUAUCUAUGACCAGGGUGGCCCUGUGGAGAUCUUGCCCUACCUGUUUCUGGGCAGCUGCAGCCACUCCUCAGACCUGCAGGGGCUGCAGGCCUGUGGCAUCACGGCCGUCCUCAACGUCUCCUCUAGCUGCCCCAACCACUUCGAGGGCCUCUUCCGCUACAAGAGCAUCCCUGUUGAGGAUAACCAGAUGGUGGAAAUCAGUGCCUGGUUCCAGGAGGCCAUCGGCUUCAUUGACUCCGUGAAGAACAGUGGCGGCCGGGUGCUGGUGCACUGCCAAGCGGGUAUCUCACGCUCUGCCACCAUAUGCCUAGCAUACCUGAUACAGAGCCGCAGGGUCCGGCUGGAUGAGGCCUUUGACUUUGUUAAACAACGCCGGGGAGUCAUCUCCCCCAACUUCAGUUUCAUGGGGCAACUGUUGCAGUUUGAGACCCAGGUGCUGUGUCACUGAGGCAAGGCCCCUCUGCCUGCAAGGCCCACUGUGUUGGCUCUCACUGAUUCCUGGGGGGAGCGGACUGGACAGGUGGGCUCCACUCUGGCCUAGCUUAUCCCCUCAUUUGGGAAGUGAUGCUGGCCUUUCUGAUCUGGUGCUUUUCUGCUGGGUGUUUAAGGGCAGGCCUUUAUUCAGGGGACAAGGACAGAGGGCAUAUCUUCUCCUGUCCCCUCCUCUGGCAGAAAUUAACAGGACUCCAAAUCUGUGGACUCUCUGGUCCCAUUGCCAUAUUGAAGGUCUUGGUAGCCUGAGAGACCCAAGGAACAAGCUGUGACAACCAGGAGCCCUGACUAGGGGUGUCACCCCGGGGCCUGGAGCCCAAACCCUGUGCUCCUGGGGGAGCCAGGAACUCGGGGGAAGUGAUGUGUUACAGACCUCUUGCUUACGUGUGUAUGUACGCAAGCACCUCUCGCCUAUUGGUGCUGGAAAGUUAUUUGUGUUCAAUUGACAUUUAACACUCCCUCCCCCACUUCCUCCCAGUCUUGCGGGCCAGGGGUUGGAAACUUAGCACUUUAUAUUUAUACAGAACAU